UACGUAUUUGCAGAAGAAGCGCGAAAAAGAAGCACACGAGUCAUGGCGGGAAGCGACGCUCGGAAGCAGCUUCUGAACUUAAUUCACGAUUUCGCAUCCGAAAAGUCGCACGGAGAGCGACGAGUGGUAAGUCUGAGGAAGCGAAUCGAAGAGCUCGGAUCCGAGCUGGAAAUUGCAAAUGCGGAGCUCGAAGAAGCCAAGCGCACCAAGGAAACCGCCGAGCAAGAGGUCAAAGGCUUCGAAGUCGAAUUGGCGAUGAACGAAGCAACGAUUCAAACGCUGGAGUUGAGGAUUUCUCAUACGCAAGAUGAGAUUUCCGCCGUUGGAUCCGAAGUAGAAGCUCUUAAGAACAAAGAAGCUGCUUCGAGGGACGAGUUUAUAAGCGAAAUGUUUGAGAUCAACGCUAAGAUAAGAAAGUUCCAAGAGUCAAUUGCUGGCCAUAUUCAUGAGGAAGAGUACUGUGGAAGUGCAGAAGAAGAAGAUCCCAAGCUAGGAAAGGAGGAGGUUACUGAAGGUGAUUUAAGAGAACUUGAGGAUAUGCUUGCUGGUGUGGUGUCUCAGACAACCAAAGCGGAAGAAGAAUACAAAGCUGAACAGAAUACUCAAAAGCAGGUCCAGCAGGUGCUGAGUGAUUGUGAAAGGAAGGUGUUCUUGAUGGAGGAGUUGUUCAAGGCAACGAAAGAAGUGCAUGAUUUGACAAGAUAUCCUUUUCAAGAAUGCAUUGGUUACUGAAAUUAUUCAAUGCUUAAGCAAAAAAUAUAUUAUUCCUCCCGACCAUUGAGAAAAUUAGAAUGCAAGAAAAUUAUGCAUCCCAUAUGGCUAUUAUUUAUUGAUCAUAGGCGAAGGAUUUUAAAGCAGUCCCAAUGCUUAUAAAUGAUUGUGAGAAUAGUCAAAUGCACUUCGUAGGCCGUUUUGAAUGUUUCAUCAUUUGAAAACUGCCAUAAUUGAAUGCAACCCAAUCCACAAGAGCUAUUUGUAUAAGCUUCCGAAGUGAAUGCCUGUUUUAGUCAUGAAGUCAAGAAUUUAAUUUGCUAUGCUGGAUUUUAAGGUCUAGUUUGCCCUAAAUACCAUAUUUGUGAGCAUGACCUACAUAAGUUUUGCCUUUGACGGGAAAUAAGCAGACUUCAGAACUGGAACAAAUCUGUGCUACUAUUGGUGAGACGUUGCAGAGCAGAUGCGUAUGUCCCAGUUGUCAUUUUGACAAUGUGGACGUCCUGGGUGGAUUAAUUCAGUCAAGUGAGGCAGAUUAAUUUUUUGUAAGUAAUCUACUUCACAUAA